CCGAGGAGCCACCCCCCGAGGGGCCUCCGCCGGACCCUGCUGCCGCCUCCGCGCCCCCUCGCCGGCUCCGCUGCGGCGCCGCGCUCUGCCGCGUCUGCGGCUGCAUGGGACCCCGUGCUUGCGGGCGCUGCCGCCGCGCCACCUACUGCGGCCCCGAGCACCAGGCGCUAGACUGGCGGCGGGGGCACCGGCGGUCCUGCGCGCAGUCCGCCACCGAAGGUGACACGGCAGAUGCAGUUCUAGAGCACAAUGACUUCCUUUUUCCAGAAUAUGAAAUUUUGAUAGAACCUGAGGAACCAGACACUCCUGUUGACAGCAGUGUAGAUCCCCCUGAUGAACAAGGAGCUGUAGAUCCCUUUGUUCCAUCAAAGGACCCAAAAGAGAAAGAGGAACUGAGAGCUACAGGUAGUACAGGUGAAGCAUUUCAGUCAUUAGAUGAAGAGACAUUGGAGGCAAUGGCAAAACACGAGACAAAAGACGACAAGAUCUUCCAGAUGUUUAAAGAACAAAUAGCUGCUGAACCAGAGCAGAUUAUUAGAUACUGCAGAGGAGGAGAAGGCCCAGUCUGGGUAUCAGGUGGAAAUAUUCCUGAAGAAAAAGACAUCCCAAAUUGUUUAUGUGGUGCCAAAAGGAUUUUUGAAUUCCAGAUUAUGCCACAACUCCUGAACCACCUUAAAGUUGACAGCCUGGGAGAGAGCAUUGACUGGGGAACACUGGUGGUGUACACUUGCGCUGACAACUGUGGUGGAGGAAAUGAAUACCUAGAAGAGUUCAUAUGGAAACAAGACUUCUCUCCAGGUUCUGUUUAACGUGCAUCAAGCUACUAAGUUGAGUCAUCUAAACAGAGUACUUGCCUUGCUUCAGUGCAUCCCUGCACUUUGCAAAAAGGUAACCGAGCCUGUCACCAAUAACUGUGCAUCUUCUAACAGUGAUAGAACUGCUAAAAGUAGACCAUGACAACCUCUCUCUGCUCCACAGGAGCUUUUACUUCAACCUAGUACUAAAGCCAGAUGCAUGUGUUCAGUGAGUUUCACUUCAAAUCUCAAUUCUGACUGUUUAAAUAAAGAUGAAAUAUUUUUUUGGGUUGGUGAAGUAUCUUUUGUUUGUGGCUGAAUUAAAGAACUUAAGACUGUUGUCCAUCAGGAUUUUCUUUGCGCUCCUCAAAAGCUAACAUUAAUUCACAGAGCAAAACAGGCUCUUUUAAGAUCACUUGAUUGCUUAUUCUCAGGAGUGGUACAGAAGUCAUAGCCAAGCCUAAGCUGUGUGGCCUUUCACUGUGGAACUUAAAUCCGCUUCUCUUUCUCAGAAGGCACACUGAAACUAACUUGGCAGUUCUUUCAUGUUCUGAUUGAGUGGUUAUUCAAGGGAAAAUGCACAAAAAUUAAGCUAUUUGACUUGCAAAACGAUUAACUGAUUUAAACUAUGUC